AUGAUUGAACUUGCUACUAUUGUACGAAACAUCCAUGCUGAAGGUGGGUUUGAGAUGCGAAACUGGGUUUCAAACUCCAAGGCAGUUUUGCUCGCGUUGACUGGUAAAUGCGAACAAACUGAUAAAUACAUUGAGCAACCGGAUGAGUGCCAUGAAAAGGUUUUGGGGAUGUGGUGGUCUCCGGGACUUGACAUACUGCGAUAUUUUGUAAAAUUCCCGAAAGAGAUUUUCGAUGAGAGCGUCAUACCAACGAAACGACAAAUUUUGAGAGUCGUAAUGACAAUAUUUGACCCAUUGGGUCUCUUAGGGUUCUUCAUCAUUUACGCAAAAAUAUUGAUGCAAGAAAUAUGGCGCUCCGGGAUAACAUGGGAUGAGCCUAUUCGACAAGAAGAGUUGGAAAAGUGGUGGCGAUGGAUAGGAUGUUUGCCUUUUAUUGAAGAAAUACGAAUUCCGCGCUGUUAUAAAUCGGUAAGUUCAGCCGAGCGAAUUGAACUGCAUAUUUUUGUGGAUGCAAGUAAAGAUGCUUACGCCGCUGCAAUUUAUUUGCGCGCCAUACAAAACAAUAAAGUUGCUUGUAGUUUGGUUGCCUCAAAAACACGCGUUGCUCCGCUUAAGCCUAUAUCCAUCCCACGGUUGGAAUUAAUGGCGGCCAUAUUAGGUCUACGCUUAGCAAAUUUGGUAACCAGCGAAUUAUCUGUUCGUUUGGAUCGGCGCAUAUUUUGGUCCGAUUCAAAAAAUGUACUAUAUUGGAUAAGGUCUGAUGCGAGAAAAUUUCAGCAGUUCGUCGCAGUUCGAAUUGGUGAAAUACUUGAAGAUUCUCACGUUCAAGAUUGGAGAUGGGUCUCUUCUUCAGAGAAUGUCGCAGACGACGCCACCAAAUGGUCCACAUAUCCCGAUUUUAAUAACGCGUCUAGGUGGUUCAUUGGGCCUGACUUUUUGAGCGGGCCUGAGGAGCAGUGGCCAAAAACAGACCUCAACGUCGCUAGCGAUAACGAGCACGAUCUGAUUUGUCACGUGGACGUGAAGCAACCUACUUCUUCGCCAUUAGCAGUCAUUAGUCCUGAUCCGAUGCGUUUUAGUAAGUGGGAAAAACUGCGAGGUGCUCAAAGGUAUGUUCUGAAAUUUCUGCGUAUAUUAUGGCAGAAAUGCAAGCGACCUGCAAAGGUUGUAACUUUGGUAGAAAAGAGUGACAUGAGGAGCAUUGAACAUGUCGUCAUACGAAAUUGCCAAGAAGAAGCCUAUGGAGAAGAGAUAAAGCAAUUACAUCGUGGCGAGCCAAUAUCCCGAAAGAGUGGAAUCUACACAUAUUCGCCAUAUUUAGACAAUUUUGGAAUGCUUAGAGUAAAAGGAAGAAUUGAUGAACUACGAAUAGCUGAUUACGAUACUCGGCGUCCGAUAAUUCUCCCUCGUCAUCAUCAAGUAACCUACCUUAUUGCAGAUUCUUAUCACCGUAAAUUUCAUCAUCAUCACAAUGAAAUUGUGGUAAACGAAAUGCGGCAGCGCUAUAGUGUUUCCGGCUUGAGAGCACUAGUUCGAGAAACCGCUAAGAAAUGUCAACUAUGUUGCAACCGCCGUGCACUCCCACAACCACCAGAAAUGGCCGCCUUGCCACCUGAAAGGUUUGCAACAUUUUCUCAGGCAUUCACAAACACUGGUAUCGACUAUUUCGGUCCAUUUGAAAUAAUUAUUGGUAGGCGCCGUGAGAAGCGAUGGGGAGUGCUAUUCACGUGCCUUACCGUUCGCGCCGUGCAUUUGGAAAUAGCUACCUCUCUUUCCACGGAUUCAUUUCUGCUGGUGCUGAAACAAUUUAUUGCCCGCCGCGGUGCACCCCGAUGUAUUUGGUCGGACAAUGGCACAAAUUUCCGCGGGGCGAGUCGCAUACUACAGAACGAAAUUGAGCGCUUCUCAACUGAUGAACUUAAGCAUCGCUAUCCUGAAAUCGAGUGGCAUUUUAUACCUCCAGCCGCGCCCCAUAUGGGAGGCUGUUGGGAAAGAAUGGUUCGUUCGGUGAAAUCUGUGCUAAUGGACAUCCUACCAACUACUGGCUUACGAGAAGAAGUACUAAGGGCAGCUAUGGCUGAUGUGGAGCAUAUCCUAAAUUCACGUCCUCUAACGUACGUUCCCCUCGAUUCGCCUGAAAUGGAAGCAUUGACGCCUAAUCACCUUCUCGUAGGCAGUUCCAGCGGAAUACGCGAACAUGAGGCAGAAAAUGGGGACGGUGGUACAUUGAGCAAAAAUUUUCGAAUUGCAUGCCAGCUUGCUGAUCAAUUCUGGAAGCGUUGGAUCCGGGAAUAUGCACCCUGCCUAACACGACGAUCCAAAUGGUUUCAAAAUCCUCCCAAUCCAAUUGAGGUAAAUGAUGUUGUGAUUAUCGUAGAUGAUAACGCAAAGCGAAACACCUGGAGGAAAGGUAUUGUCAUUGAUGUCAAUUGCGCAAAAGAUGGAGUAGUGCGCAGCGCAGUUGUUCGAACAGCCGACGGAUUGUUUACGAGACCAUCAGUUAAGUUGGCGAAACUUGAUGUAAGGAGGUAA